UAUAUUAGGGCCGCCAGCCAGCAGUCAGCACAGUUCGUUAACAGUCCUAGUCGUGGUUCUAGGAGGUUCAACCAGCGUCCAGCGACCAGUGCCUGUGCCGUGUGUCGUGUGUAGUUAGUUUUCCGCUCAUCCCCAGUGUGUCCCCGAAACUCCUUUUCGAAGCUCAAUCGUGUGAUCUUAGCUAAAAUGAAGCCAUUCUUUAUUGCCGCAGCGUUGCUGGUCUCGACGGUGUCCGCCUCGUGGCACGGAGCCGUAUCCACACAGUACCAGCACCUGGACCCGCACAGCCACACCUACUCCUACGGAUACGCCGAUCCCAACUCACAGAAGCACGAGACGCGCAGCCAUGACGGCACCACGCACGGGUCCUACUCCUAUUUGGAUGGCAAUGGUCAUGUGCAGUCGGUGUCCUACACCGCUGAUCCGCACCAUGGCUUCAACGCCGUGGGCACCAACCUGCCUCAGGCUCCUCAAGUUCAUGCCGCUCCCGUCUAUGCCGCCGCCCACGCCCAUGGUGCAUAUGCUCCUUACGCCCACGGACCCAUUCACAUCCCGGUGCUGACCCACGGAGGCGUCCCCGUCGAUACUCCCGAAGUGCAACACGCCAAGGCCGCCCAUGCCGCUGCCCACGCUGCUGCCGCCCACAAUGCCGGAGGACACCACCUGUACAAGCGCUCUAUCUACGGCGGAGGAUGGGCCUACGGACAGGCCGCCCAUGUGCCGCUGACUCAUGGAGGCGUGCCCGUUGAUACUCCCGAUGUGCAGGCCGCCAAAGCCGAACACUAUGCCGCCCACGCCAAGGCCCUGGGUCAGGUGGCUCAUGCCCACGGAGCUCCUGUUGAGACGCCCGAGGUGCAGCACGCCAAGGCUGCUCACUUCGCCGCACAUGCUGCCGCCCGUUCCGGACAUGCCGUUGCCCCCAUCAACCACGGUGGCUAUCACGUGCCCGUAAUCCACAAUGGAGUGCCCGUCGAUACGCCCGAGGUGCAGCACGCCAAGGCCGCCCACUACGCCGCCCUGUCGCAGGCCUCCGCCCACGGAGGAGCCUCGCACGGAUCUUGGGACGAUGGCAGCUACGACGGACGCUGGGAGCAGAGCCACAGCAGCCACAACAGCUACGCCUCCGGCUACGCGCACAAGGGCCCCAUCCACAUCCCGGUCAUCCACAACGGAGUGCCCGUGGAGCCCGCCGAGGUGCAGCACGCCCGCGCCGCGCAUCUGAAUGCAUUGGCCGCCGCCGGACAUGGAGCUCCCGUCAGCCAUGGUGGCUACUACGGCGGCAAUGGACACGAGGAUGAUGGCCAGUACCACGCACACUACGAUCACUACUAAGUGGCAAGUGGUCGGCACUUGAGAGGAGUCUGACUUCCGAUCGACGACGAGCAUCUCUAUACACUCUGACUAACCGACUACCGAAGCCAGCGUGGCGUAUGCGUAACUUUGCAUUGCGUAUUCUCACGCCAGUGCCACUUUUAUACAGCAUUCGCAACUCUCUGUCUAUCUAUACAUCUGUCUGUUCUAUUAUCUGUAACUUCAUAUCUCAACCUCUGCCACAAAAAUACGGAAAACUAAAAGCGACUACACACGGGAGAUUGAAGUGCUUCCAAGGAAGCCUUCCUUGCCCGCUGGGUUUUGACCUAUUUGGAUUUUUUAUCCAGUCACAGCACACACAUCUACCUACCUACAUUCUUCUCUCUGUACUACGCUUUCUCUUCAUUCCUAUUCCUCGGAAAACCUAUACCUUUAUUCUCCUGUUACUUCGAUUGAGAAACGCUGUAUGAGUAUGUUGUAAAUAACAGUUGUAAUUUUUAUGUAUCUGACCAGAUAUAGCUCUAUAUUAUAUAUGAACCUGCAAACAGACAAAUAAACUGCAAAAACGUAUUUGAUCACA